UCUGGUACAUAGAAAAAUAGAAAAAGCAGCCAAAGUCUCCCUUUUCCUGGACUCUCAGCACUUAGCAGGGAAAGAAACUCACACCCCAGAAAGAACAAAUCUUUUUUCCUUCUUUCCCUGCUAAACCCAUUCAUCACCAUCAGCCAUGGGAGGAGGCAACGGUCAGAAGGCCAAGAUGGCCCGUGAGAAGAACUUGGAGAAACAAAAAGCCGUAAAGGGCAGCCAGCUUGAGUCAAACAAGAAAGCCAUGACUAUCCAGUGCAAGGUGUGCAUGCAGACAUUCAUGUGUACCACAACAGAGGUGAAGUGUUGGGAACAUGCCGAAGCAAAGCACCCUAAGGCCGAUCUCUUUACGUGCUUCCCGCACCUUAAAAAAUGACCACCUUAAACUGCAGAAUUGCAGAUUAGUAAAAAUGGCUGUAAAAUGUUAUUUGUUCUGUACCUUGCUAAUCUGUUAUCAGCAACUUGAUUGAUGAAAGCUUGGUGAUGAAGAAGCAUGUAUGUUAAAAAGAAAUGGCUUCUAAGUCUAAAAGUAAAUGUGUUUAAA